CGGAGGAGCCGGCGCUCACUGUCCUCGGAUGCGAUGGCUGAAUCCUUUUUUUCCGACGUCUGCUUGCUGUGGUACCUGAAGGAGCUGAAGAAGGAUGAGUUCUGGAAGUUCAAGGAGCUCCUCAAGCAAGAGCCUGUGCUGUCUGACCUCCCGCCGAUCCCGUGGCCCGAGCUGAAGAAGGCGUCCAGAGACGACCUGGCCACACUGCUGUGCGGCCACUACCCCGGCCAGCAGGCCUGGGAGAUCGCCCUGCGGCUGUUCCAGCAGGUCAACCGGAGGGACCUCUGGGCCAAGGCCAAGGACGAGAUCAGAAAUAAGAUCAACCCGUACAAGAGACACAUGGAGAGGAAGUUCUCAGACCUGUGGAAGCACGAGACGUGCCUGGUGGUGCCGGAGAACACCUAUGCCGAGUCCACCCGGAUGGAGCACGAGCAGCUGAGCGCGGCGUUCGCGGCGGACAGGGCGGGCGAGCACUCGGUCACCGCCGCCCUGCUGGGCACGGACGGCGGGGGCAAGACCACGCUGCUGCGGAGGCUGAUGCUGCAGUGGGCGUCGGGCCGCCUCUGGCAGGGCCGCUUCACCUUCGUCUUCUUCAUCAGCUGCGCCGAGCUCAACGACCUCCGCGACACCAGCCUGGCGGGCCUGCUGGCCGCCGACUGGCCCGCGGCCUCCCAUCCCGUCCACGACGUCUUCUCGCGGCCCGAGAAGGUGCUCUUCAUCGUGGACGGCCUGGAGGAGCUCACACUCGCCGUGGACACGGACGAGGACGUGUGCACCGACCUGGAGCGGCCGCGGCCCGUGCACACGGUGCUGCGCAGCCUCCUGCAGCGCGCGCUGCUGCCCGAGGCGUCACUGCUCGUGUCACUGGGCCCCGAGGGCUCCCGCAAGCUGCGCCACCUGCUGCCCCACCCAGUGUGGGUGCACCUGCCCGGCUUCUCAGGCCACCAGAAGUGGCGCUACUUCUCCAGCUUCUUCGCGGACGGGGAGCAGGCGGCGCAGGCCUUCGCCGUGGUGCAGGACUCGCCGGCGGCGUUCGCGCUGUGCCAGUAUCCGCUGGCGUGCUGGGUGAUGUGCGCCAGCCUGAAGCAGCAGCUGCAGAGGCGCCGGCCGCUCUGCGUGCACACGCAGAGCAUCACGAGCUUCUACGCCUCCUUCCUGCUCAGCGCGUUCCAGCCCCAGAGCGCCGGCUGGCCCCGAGGCCACGCCCGGAGCCGGCUGCGGGGCCUGUGCGCCCUGGCAGCCGAGGGCACGUGGGCCGGCAGGUUCGUGUUCCGCUCGUGGCACCUGCGCCGGCACGGGGUGGCCGAUAUGCACGCGCUGGCCUGGGUGAGGAUGCAGCUCCUGCGGCAGAACAGGAGCCGCUGGGUGUUCCCGCACCCGCUGGUGCAGGUGUGCUGCGGGGCCCUGUGGUACCUGCUCAGGCGCCCCCAGGACCCGGGGCCCCCCCGCAUCGGGAGCGCCGCGCAGCUGGUGGCGAAGGCCAUGACCGAGGCGCCCUUCUACCUGGCGCAGAUGGCGCUCUUCCUGUUCGGGUUCACCGCGGAGCGCAUGGCCGGCCUGCUUUGGGAGGCCUGGGGGUUCCCGCUGGCGGAGGGCCUGCGCGGGGAGGUGGCCGCGUGCCUGCGGGGCCUGAGCGAGCAGGCGGAGCGCGGUGAGCUGCCCGUCCGCUUCCAGGAGCUGUGCCCCGGCGUGCUGGAGGCGCAGGACCCGGACUUCGCCACGGAGGUGAUGAGCUUGUUCCGUCACAUCGACGUGUGCAUCUACUCCUCCGACAACCUGCUGGUCUACGCCGCCUGCUUCCCGCACGCCCUCAACCUGCGGGUCCUCCGCCUGAGCUUGGGCGAUGUGCUGGUCGAGGACCUCAGAGGCCAGUUAGACGGGGAGGGCUCUAGGAGCGGAGUCCUGCCUGUUCCGAGGACGGGCCGAGGUGAGCGUGGCCACAGGCGUGGCGCGGUGUGUGUCUCCCGCAGCUACAACCAGAAGCUCUCCUGCUGGCGGGAGCUGUGCUACGUGUUCAGCAACUGCCCGGACCUCCAGACGCUGCACUUGGACGACUGUCACUUGGACGAGGCCGCCCAGGCAGUCCUCUGGAAGACACUGGCGCAGCCCUCCUGCAGACUCCAAAGGCUGGCGCAGGAGAAGCUGGAGGAGGUACCCCUGGGCGCUGGGCCCUCACCCCUGGCUCCCCAUCUCGCCCUCUGCAGGUACAACUUCGCCUCCGACGUGGGAAAGAGCGCGGACUUCUUUAAGGCGCUGCUUCACAACCCCCACCUGACCUACCUCAACCUGCACGGCUCCGACCUGUCCGCCCAGGAGGUGGCGCUGCUGAGCGAGACGCUGAGGCACCCCAUGUGCAGCAUCCAACAGCUCAUGCUGGGCAAGUGCGACAUCACGGACGAAGCGUGCGAGGACGUGGCGCUGCUCCUGGCGGGCAGCCCGCGGCUGCGGCUGCUGUCGCUGAUGGAGAACCCGGUGAUGAACAGCGGCGCCCUGCUCCUCAGCGAGGGGCUCAAGCAGCCGGACUGCGCGCUGGAGUCGCUGCUGCUGACGUACUGCUGCAUCACCUUCAACGCCUGUGACUACCUCGCCCAAGCCCUCGUGCGGAGCUCCACUCUGUCCCUCCUCGACCUGAGCUCCAAUUUCCUGGAGGACCGCGGAGUGAAGCUGCUCUGUGAAGCGCUGGGGCAGCCAGGCUGCCGCCUACAGCAGCUGUGGUUGGCGGGAUGUUACCUCACUCCUGGCUGCUGUGAGGACUUCUCUGGGGUUCUUAUCAGCAACGGAAACCUGAGGACUUUGAAGCUAGGGGACAAAAUACAAGAUGCGGGUGUCAGACAGUUAUGUGGGGCGUUGAGGCACCCUAACUGUAAACUGGAGAAUCUCGGGCUGGAGCUGUGUGAGCUCACCGCUGCCUGCUGUGAGGACCUGGCCUCGGCCCUCACCAUCUGCAAGUCCCUGCGGGGCCUCAACCUGGAAUGGAACAGCCUGGACCGCGAUGGCAUGGCGGCGCUGUGUGAAGCCCUGGGCCACCAGGACUGUGCCCUGCAGCUGCUGGGGCUGGACAAAGAUGCAUCUGACGAGGAAACGCAGAACCUGUUGAGGGCUGUGGAAGAGAAGAACCUCCAACUGACCAUUUGCACUAAACCUUGGGACAGAGAUGAGCUGAUGCUGAAAGGUGUGUUCGUCUGACAGGGAGCACCCGGGCAUCAUCUCCUCUGGGCACAUCCAGUCCUGCAAACUGACCACCGUGGUGGUGGGCGCUGGGAGCUCCUAGCUGCUCCUCCACAGUGUUCUAGCCAAGUCACUGUGGUGUGUGAGUCAGCGGGGCCCUGCCGUCUGUGCCCGAGACCUCAAUCCCCCAUCCCUGAAAUUCCCACCCCACCUGGUAAUGCUUAGAAGAACAGACACAUUAAAGGGAUACACACUUUGAAAAGCAUGCCUUCACCGUCUUCAUGGAUGUCUUCGAACGCGGGAUCGUGGGUUUGAGGGGACCACAACCCUCAGACACUUCUG